AUGACCUUACGAAAGCUAGCUCAAGAGCCUCGGGACAUCGUGAUCGUUGGUGGAGGCGCUAUUGGAUGUUCAGCAGCAUACUUUCUUACGCAUCACAUCCUCUACAAUCCUGAUAUACAUAAGGUCACGCUGUUGGAAGCUAGUAGCAUCGCCGGAGGCUCGUCCGGGAAGGCUGGGGGGUUACUUGCUGAAUGGGCAACGCCAAAAUGUCUGGCACCCCUGAGCUUUAGAACGCAUGCGCAGCUGGCUCAACAACAUGGCGGAGAUAAAAUCUGGGGUCACCGAAACGUUCAUUGUGCAGAGGUAAAGUUACAGGCACAGACUCCUGGUAGCCAGACGGAAAGCAAUGGAACCUCAAUACCCUCGGCACUGGACUGGCUGCUCCCUGGAACAGUCAAGUCUUACGAUGAGGUCGGCAACCUGAACAACUCUGGGCAAGUCAAUCCUUUCAUGUUUACGACGACUCUUGCCAGGUUGGCCGAAGAAAAAGGAGCUAAGAUACUGCUGGGCUCUGUGAAUAAGCUGAAUUACAAGGAGGAUCAGAAGGGCGUUGAUUCCGUUACAUACACCGACAAAGAGAAGGCUGGUAGCCACACUCUUGCUGCUACUGAUGUCUUAAUCGCUGCCGGCCCGUGGACGCCAAGGUUGUUCCCUUCUAUUCAGCUGGGAGCACCUCGGGGCCACAGUGUGGUUGUUCGGCCUUCAAGAGACUUAUCACCCUACGUCCUUUUCCCUGAAAUAAAACCGCCGGAAGAUGGUUCAUUAUCAAAGAUACUUUCACCUGAAAUAUAUCCUCGGCCAGGAGACGGCUUGUACGAUUUCGAUACCGUAUAUGCUUGUGGUCCUGACGACUACGGAGUUGCACUCCCUGACGACACCGGCCAUGUAGAAGUUGAUCAGCAGAAGACGGAGGAUGUGUGGAAGGCCAUUCAAAGCAUCUCAGGAGAAAUUCGCGACGGGGAAGUGAUCACACGACAAGCCUGCUACAAACCUCAAAUACGCCCCCAUGAUGAAGACGAAGAGGUGGGUCCCAUCGUUGGACCGGCAGGUGUUGAAGGUGUCUGGCUUGCCACUGGACAUGACGAGUGGGGGAUCCAUAACUCAGCUGGUACUGGUCUCGUUAUUAGUGAAAUGAUUCUGGAAGGCGAAGCUAAAAGUGCCAAUUGUGAGGCACUUGAUCCAAAGCAUUAUAUGAUAGACACAGCGUCCAAAGGUAAGAAGGGACUGCUGCAGAGUUUUCUUGGUCGUUAG